AUGCAUGUAUAUUUAUAUCUUAUAAUAAUGUCUCGUUUGAUUGUCAAAAACUUGCCAAAAUACUUUACAGAAGAUAAUCUUAAAGAGCAUUUUGCUAAAAAAUACCCAGAUAUCACCGAUGUCAAAUUGAUGAAAGGCAGAAAUGGUGAAUCCAGAAGGUUCGCCUUCUUGGGGUUCAAAAGCCUAGAAGAUGCUGAAAAUGCUGUGAAAUACUUUGACAAUACCUUUAUUCAUACUGCCAAAAUCCAAGUCCAAUUAGCAAAAACUUUUGCCGAUCCGACAGUUCCUAGACCAAUGAAGGAAAUGAUUAGAGAGAGACAACGUAGACUUGAAGAACACGAAGAAAGAUUGAAAAGAAAGCAACAGGAGGAAGAAGAUUAUAGAGCAAAGAGAAUCAGAGUCAACGCUACGGCAGAUGUUGAUCAAGAGAUUGCCAACAAUCCAAGAUUGAAAGAGUUUUUGGAAGCCACUAAAAGCAGUGCAAAAGUCAGCUCUUGGGAUGACGGUAUAAUAGGGACUGUUGAAAAAAGCGGAAAUCAGGAACCUCAGCAAGAACCUAUUCCAGUGGAUCAAGAAAGUGAUGAUGAGUAUCAACAAUUUGCAAAGACUCCAACACUAAGAAAAAAACAAGAUGAAUCAGAAGAAGGCGAAAAAAUGAUUAGCUUGAAAGAUUUUGAUAAUAAGGAGGAACAACUGGUAAAUGAUGAUGAUGAAGAUGUGGUCAGUGAAGAAAAACCAAAUGAUGGUGCCAAUGAAAAUAUUUCUGAUCUUGAUUGGUUACAUGGUAAACGAAAGCUUAUUAAGGACAAUAAAUCAGAAGCAGAAAUUAACAAUGACCCAAUUGAAAAGAGACCAACCAAAGAACAACCACAAAUUGCCCAUGAGGAACCUGUACAGGAAUCUACAGAAGACCAGAUAAGAAAAACUGGUAGAUUGUUUAUCAGAAACAUCUUAUAUACUGCCUCCGAGGAAGAUUUUACCAAUUUGUUCCAGGGAUAUGGUGAAUUGGAAGAAGUACACAUUGCCAUUGAUACUAGAACUCAUAAAUCUAAGGGAUUUGUGUAUAUUCAAUUCAAGAAUCCAGAAGAUGCAGUGCAAGCUUAUUACAGUUUGGACAAACAAAUUUUCCAAGGUAGAUUGUUACAUAUUUUGCCAGGGCAAAUAAAGAAAUCGCAUAAAUUGGAUGAAUUUGACUUGAAGAAUUUGCCAUUAAAGAAACAGCGUGAAUUGAAGAGAAAAUUUGAAGCAACAAAGUCUACAUUCAGUUGGAAUUCAUUGUUUUUAAACGAAACUGCGGUUUUGGAAGCGGUUGCCAGCAAAAUUGGGGUUGAUAAAAGAGAUUUGGUUGACCCUGAGUCUUCUGGUAGUGCAGUCAAGCAAGCCUUAGCCGAAGCUCACGUUAUUGGUGAUGUGAGAAAAUAUUUUGAAGGCAAAGGCAUUAAUUUAACAUCAUUCAACAAAAAGGAGAAAGAUGAUAAAAUUAUUUUGGUAAAGAAUUUCCCAUAUGACACCACUGUCACUGAAAUUACAGAGUUAUUUAGUCAAUACGGUGAAUUGAACCGAGUUUUGUUUCCACCAACGGGGGCAAUUGCUAUUGUGGAGUUCAAGAAUGUGCCAGCUGGUAGGUCAGCAUUCACGAAGUUGGCUUAUAGAAGAUUCAAGAAAAAUAUCUUGUAUUUGGAAAAGGGUCCAAAAGAUUUAUUCAGUGGUGAAGUUCGUGCUGAAGAUAAAGUUGAAACUGUUGAGAAAAAAUCUAAUGUCAAGGAAACUAAGCUCUCAGUUGAUGAUUUGGUCGGCAAGAAUGAUGAUGCCAGUGAAGAUGAAAAUGACAAUGAAUUGCCUUUUGCUGGUAUUACUACCUCAGUGUUUGUGAAGAAUUUGAAUUUCAAGACAACCUCCCAAGAUUUGCUGGACAUUUUCAAAACUUGCACUGGGUUCAUUGUUGCUAAAGUUAGCACCAAGCCAGAUUCCAAAACCCCAGGAAAGACUCUCAGUAUGGGUUUUGGUUUCGUUGAAUUCAAAACAAAAGAUCAGGCUCUUGAUUGUAUUAAGAAAAAUGAUGGAAAGAUUAUUGAUGAUCACAAAAUUCAAUUGAAAUUGUCCCAUCGUAAAAGUGAAGUUACCAACAGCGCCUCCUCAGCCAACAAGGUCAGUAAAGGUAAGAAGUCAACCAAGAUCAUUGUUAAGAACUUGCCAUUUGAAGCCACUAGAAAAGAUGUGUUUGAAUUAUUUAGUUCUUUUGGACAGUUGAAAUCUGUCAGGGUUCCAAAGAAGUUCAACAAAUCAGCUCGUGGUUUUGCGUUUGUGGAAUUCAGUUUAUUGAAAGAAGCAGAAAAUGCAAUGGAUUCUUUGAGAGGUGUCCAUUUGUUGGGUAGAAGAUUGAAUAUUGAUUACGCUGAAAAGGAUGCUGAGAAUGCCGAGGAAGAAAUUGCUAAGAUGACUGAAAAAGUAAAGAAGCAAAAGAAUUUGACCGAGUAUGCUAAUGCUGCUAAAUUGAAUGGUAAGAAGAGAGUUGAGCUCGAGAAUGAUGAAGAAGGGUUUUAG